AUGGCGGAUUAUAUUGGAGAAAAUGAGCUUGAUUUGAUUAUUCUACACAUGAAUCGAAAUCAGGAGAAUAUAAUGGAUAAUAUUAUGACGAAUAUUGAUGGAGAUUUGUCCGAUGGAAGCUGUGCUAAGACAUGUGUUGAUUGCGGUACUUCGAAACGCCUCCCUGGAGAGACAUUGUGUAAUGCAUGCGGAAUUAGUAGUAGGAAGAAGUGUAAUUCUAGGUCUGAAGAAAGAAAAAGAGGAGAAAUCUGUUGGCUCUUGGUACUGAAGUAUCGUGGAAAGAGAUCGAGGUCGGCGAUGGCGACGAUGGAGAAGCCUUCGAGGAUGAAACUUGGAGAGGUAGAACAAGCUACCAUACUGUUAAUGGCGUUGUCGUGUGGAUCUGUUUAUUUUUGA